AUGGCCCUUGAGAAGCUCAGACAGAGAACAACUGACCGCAUCAUGAGGAAUCAGAGAUCGUUGAUCUUACAAACUCUUGCCGCCGCACUCCUCAGCUCCCAGGUACGAGUCUCCGCGACUUCAACCGUAUCGCCGAAUGUAUACAUCGUGACUCCUCAUACCUCUCAAACUAUUCCAAUGCUCCAUGUUCUUCUGGCAAACACUAUCUCUGAUUCUCAAGCCGCGAUUGAGCUCCUCAAGCCUGUGCGACUCUUACAAUAUUUCGACCUCGCGGGAUUGGCAGAAAGCUUAGGGGAGAUCAGUCAAGAUCUCUUCCAAAGGGCUCAUGUGACCAAUAAGACGACUCCUGCGGAGCUAUACAGACGCGCCCUACCCAGAGAUAUCGUCUUGAUCCAGGGUUUGGCCCAGACAGUGUCAGCCACGCAUCGUCGGAGUGGCCUCGUUCAAAGCAACGCGCUGCUCGGGGAUAUGAUGAGGAACACUACGCAGAUUUCGCGGAUAUCAAGAGAUGUCCUUGUCCUUGUAGAAGUUGCUCUCGAGAUCGGGGCAGCGUAUGACCUCCAAUCGCGUCAGGAGGGAGCAAAAGCCAGGAAGGUCCAUGCCACAAUCCAACUAGAGUCUACCUUUGUUGGCUCAAGCGGUGAGACUUUGAGGCUUUACUCUGGGCAUGAAUCACUAGCGAGGACACUGGAGGCAGCUCUCGAUUGUAUCGUUGUAGCGCAUGACGGGUUCGGGCGAGUCAAAGAGAGCAGGAGACCUAACGAGUCCGGAGAGCAGGUGGUUGAGGUGGUCAAGGAUCGAGUUGGUGACUUGAUGGGCGUUUGGGGCCUUUGGAAAGGAGGAUGA